AGCGUAUUCGCUCAUUUCCGUUAAAUAUGGCUUCCCAGUGUUUACGAUGGUAAUUUGAUCUUAACAAAGAAAACGUUAAAACGUUAUUUUUGUUCACGUUUUCGAUCAACGAUCACCUCUGUCGUCAGGACACAACCUGUGUGUUACAGACCUGCCGUCGUCAUGGAAACAGAGGAGCAGGCCAGGAACCGUUUCCAGUCCGAGCUGGAGUUUGUUCAGUGUUUGGCCAACCCAAACUACCUGAACUUUCUGGCUCAGAGAGGCGUCCUGAGAGAGAGACCGUUCAUUAACUACCUGAAGUACCUGCUGUACUGGAAGGAGCCCGAGUACGCCAAGUUCCUCAAGUAUCCUCACUGCCUGCACAUGCUCGAGCUGCUGCAGUACGAACACUUCAGGAAGGAGCUGGUGAAUGCUCAGUGCGCCAAGUUCAUCGACGAGCAGCAGCUGCUGCACUGGCAGCACUACUCCAGGAAGCGCACCCGGCUGCAGCAGGCGCUCGCCGAGCAACAGCAGCCACAGCAGCAGCAGCCGCCUCACGGGAACGCCGCCACCAAGUGAUGAUGUCACUGGAGGUCGGCAGAGGACUGAACAUUGGGACUGUAUAUUGGAGGUCUGAGGCUGAUGUUUGAGACACUUCAGCCAUGUUUGUUUGUUUUUUCUUUGAAUUGAUCUUUUGUACAGGAGGCUUUAAUGUGGUUAUUAAAGAGUUGUGAUUUGAGAAAAA